CUCUUUUCUCACCAUUGACUCCCCUCCCAUAAUUCCACCAUUUCAAAUGUUUAAUUAAUUUAACCUUUUUCCUUAAAACACAACCCACAUUUUAAUUUGUUUCCGCCAUUGCCAGAUUUUCUUCUUCUUUCUUUCUUCCUUUUUUCACCCCACAUUCCCCUGCAUUAUUCAAUCCAGUGCGUGUGUGCGUGUUUCCUUCCUACCUGAGGGGAAAUCUUUCCUAUCAGGUGUCCCAUAAGAUUUGCUUUCAUGGAUUGAUGAGUCCAUGGGGCAGUACAUUAAUGAAUUCUCUUCUGAUUGAUCAUCAACACAAGGAGAUAAUAAUGCCAUAUUGUUUGUUGAAUCGUUUCUAAAGAAAAAUUUUAUUAAAAAAAAAAAAACAGGGCAAGGAUGUCGACCAAGAUGAAAGGCCUUCUCAAGGGCCUUAGAUACAUAUCCCAGAUUUUUGAUGAAGAGAAAGAACAGGAAAUGGAAAUUGGUUUCCCCACAGAUGUAAAGCACGUUGCUCAUAUUGGUUGGGAUGGUCCAUCAGUUGAUUCGCCUAGCUGGGUAUCCAUCCCUUUUUCUCUUCUAUUUGAUCAAACAACAUGGUUCUCAAUCUUCUUCUUCAAUGUCCAAUUUAAUUUAGAGUUCUGGAUUGGUGAUUGGAAAUUUUGCCACAAUUAGCCCGAAGUAAGUUGUUAAAAUGUUGCCUCUGCUUUCUGAUUCUGUGCAGAUGAAAGAAUUUAAAUCACCAACAUCAUUUCAAUCAGCACCUUUGGGAAUGCCUGGAGAUCCCAAAGAGAAUCCUGAAAUUAAAUGGGUUUCUGAAGAUGGAAAGAGUGGGCGAGGUAAGAACAAAGAUCAAUCGGAAGGAGCGAAAUCAUCACGACGCAAUUCCAGCACCGAUUCAUCUGAUUCCCCCAAGAAAGAACGAUCAAGGCAUUCAAGAAAGCAUCAUUCAAAGGACUCAGCUGAAGGUGGUAAAUCCAGUAGGCAAAUCCAGGACCCGGGUCUUGGUUCUGAUUCUCCCGCUAGAAACUUACCAGACAUCCCAAAAAGAUCGCGAAGAAAGAAGUCAAAGGAUUCUAUGAGUGCUGGUGGAUCAGGGUCGGUAAGAUCAAGAGUGAGAAGUGGUGGUGGAGACGGUGGUUCCAAUACAUCGGAAUCCGGUUCUACUCAUUCAGGACAACUUAAACCCAAGAAAAAAGAUGAUCUUUCUCAAAGCUCCAGUUUGAAACCGGAUAUAGAAGAGGAAGAGAAGGAAAUUAGUGGCAUUUUUUAGAAUGUGCUUUUUUCCUUCUCGGGUUUAAUCUUGACAUUGAUUUGGGUAGAUAGAGACAUACUCAACUGAAACAAAAGUUUUCCCUUUUGAUGUUCAUAGAUUCUUUAGUAGUGUAUACGAUAUCGUUCAUUUUUUAUAUGACAAUCAUUGUAGAGUUUUUAGCUUUUUUUUUUUUUGUGAAGCUUUGAGUUAUAUUGCUGAUCUCAUUAGUACAGCAAUUGUAUGAUGAUCAGACGAAAAGAAUGCUUUAAUGUUUCUGUAUUCCCCC